CUUAUCAAUCUGGUAUUUUUUUCCGAUUCGAUGUGUUGGUGUAGUGGUUCAAGUUUGAAUUUUUAAUUAAGUUUACGUUCUUUUUAUAACAAUGAUUUUAUGUUUUUACUGGAAAACUUAAUAUACAAACGUGAACUGGAAUAUGUUGAUCAAUUUGUUGCUAAGUGGACUCUUUGUUAGAAAGAUUUUAUUUUUUAUGUUAAAAGUAUUAUUUUAAUUACUCGUCCCAUAUCAAAAAAUUUCAAAGAAUGGAUUCUGGAUUUUUUUUUUGUUUUCAAGUUCUAAAUCACGAGGUUUGUUUGCUUUGGAGGUGUUGCUUUUCAGAUUGAACUCUAGUGCGUAAAUGUAAUUAGCAAGUAUAUUAGACUAUAAGUUGUCAGUUUAAUUGUUUUUCUUAAGCACUGAAAUCAAGUAAUUGUUUGCUUUUAGUGAAAACAUGAAAAGUAUUUAUCGUAAAUUUACUGAUGUGGCUUUAGCCUCUUUUAGGUUUAUUGAGACUGCAGUCGUUGGAUGGUACAUUGAGAAAUCAUAAGCAGAGCAUGAGCACUCUUGAGAUUAGGGGGCCUUCUCUUAGGGGAUAUCGAAGGAGAAAGGCAGUGCUUGAUCUGAAUGUUCCACCCAGUGAAAUCAGGGAGCAGGAGGGUACAUCUCAACAGGCUGGGUAUGAGGAUCAAACGAAUCAAUCCGUACAGACUGGUCCACCUGCAACCAUUGAUGUUGAGGCUAUUGAUGAUGAUGUAAUUGAAUCUUCUGCUAGAGCUUUUGCAGAGGCUCAGAACAAUUCUAGGAGGAGCCGUGGAAGGACUGUGGUUGAUGUUGAUUCAGCUCACAUUUCUGCCCUUCCAGGCUGGUCAGCUAGGUCAAGUAAUAACAAUCAGAAUAGGCACAGAAGACUUCCUCCGAGCUCAAGCAUUAUCAAUUUGGAAAUCUCGCCACAGUCAAUUCAGGUUCAGGAAAUCACAAAGCCACAGCCACCUCCAAAGGAACCAACUUUCAAUUGUCCAAUUUGCAUGGGUCCAUUAACAGAGGAGAUGUCAACAAGAUGUGGGCAUAUUUUCUGCAAGGCAUGCAUUAAAGCUGCAAUAGCUACACAGGCAAAAUGCCCAACUUGCAGGAAAAGAGUCACUGUGAAGGAACUAAUUAGGGUCUUCCUGCCAUCGGCCAGUUGAAUAAAAAUUUCAUGCUCAACUAGUAACGGAUAAUACAAACUGCCCUUGCAAAGAUAAAAAAAAAAAGUCAAUUCAUCUGGUGGUGUCAGUGGAGCUAGUUUUUGGAAUUUCUGACAUGUGCAGUUCUAAAACCAUGUUUUAGUGGACAAUCUUUUUGAUUUACUUGUUCAGGCUGGCUGAGCUUCAUUGUUACUAAAAUUUGUUAUUAAGAUUUUGCUGACUAGUAUUCUAAGAACAUUCUUUAAGGUGAUUAUAUAUGAUUAGAAUAUUUUCACUAAA